AAGAACCCUUCUUAAUCUUUUCCCCUCACCGCCUCCACUUCAAACUACUUUUUCCUCUUUCUUUCUUUCUCCCCUACUUUGACUCAAUUACUAGAACCACUUUCUCGCUCCACUCAAAAAACAACCAUUUCUCUUCAAGCUGGCGUUUCCCAACCGUGAAAUCAAGCCAAAAAACAGAAGAAUCAUGGGAGCUGGUGGCCCAGAUGAAGAAGAUCACGGUGGGAAUUGGCCGCCGUGGCUAAAACCUCUCCUUCGUGAGAGCUUCUUUGUACAAUGCAAACAUCAUGUCGAUUCUCAUAAGAGUGAAUGUAAUAUGUAUUGCUUAGAUUGCACAAACGGACCUCUCUGUUCUCUUUGUCUUGCUUAUCAUAAGGACCACCGCGCAAUUCAGAUUAGGAGAUCAUCGUAUCAUGAUGUGAUCAGAGUGGCUGAGAUUCAGAAACAUCUUGACAUAACAUCAGUUCAAACAUAUGUUAUAAACAGUGCUAAGGUUGUUUUCUUGAACGAAAGGCCACAGCCAAGGCCCGGUAAAGGUGUCACAAAUACCUGCCAUGUCUGUGACCGCAGUCUUCUCGAUUCCUUCCGUUUCUGCUCUCUUGGCUGCAAGAUUGUUGGUACAAGGAAGAGACAUUUCCCAACAGAAGCAAUCUCCGAUGACUCAUGCAGUAGCAGCAGUAGCCAUGGGCGGCGGGAUAAUAAGAUCCAGAGUUUUAGCCCGUCAACGCCGCCGCCCACGGCGGUUAACUACCGGACGGCGAAGAGGAGAAAGGGAAUUCCCCAUCGUGCCCCUAUGGGUCUAGUCGUGGAAUAUUAAACCACUUAAAAAAAAAUAAAAAAACAAGUCAAAGUUGGCCUCUUUUCUAUAGUCUUCCCCACCACUACUAGCACUUGUGCUUUUACUAAAAGGCCAGUGUUUACUGUAUAUAGAUGCAGAUGAUAAGGAUAAAAUAGAGAAAUAAGUGGGAAAAUGUAAAAUGACUGUGUACUUUAUCAAAUGCUUAAAAUAAAAAUAAUAUAUAUAUAUAUAUAUAUAUGGUCUAGGUCUUAGGGUAUAAUAGGAAUAGAAUAACAAGCUUUGUUUUUGUUUACGUCUUGUGUUUGUUUCAUUUGGGGAUAAUGUAAUGUAUAUAAAUAUAACUUCCUUAAUGAAGUAAUAUAAUAUAAUAUAAUUGUAUUAUUAUUAGUUAUU